AAGGCGACGGAGCGCGAACAGAGCGCAACAUCCUAACGUCACCGGCAGGCGAACGCGACAGAAAACAUGUAGAAGUUAACAAUUCACGGUGCACGGUUUACUGUGAUUACGAACACUGCCGUGGAACAGGGCCACAGGGCACGGAUGGCUGCAUAUGAAAUACAAUUGCAACUCUAAAAUAUCUGGAUCCAGUAUCAGAAAUCAGCUAAGUGGGGGCCUACAAAUGUACCAAGGUGUUGAGCGAUCUCAGGACGCUGCGGUCAUGGGCGACAGCCCGAGCGGACCGAAGCCGAAGCGAGCACGUCGCACUGCGCCGAAGCAGUCCACAUCAGACGGACCCGAGACACAGCCCCGCGCCCCCAAGCCCAAAGCGUCGAGGCGUGGCCGAAGCAAUGCCGCUGCCGUCGACAACGCCGAGGCCUCCACGAGCGCCUGCACGGAGCUGGCUGAGCUCCCCUCUAACUGGAAUGGACUGCCGCAAAUUCUCCUCACCACCAUAUUCGCCUGGCUUUCCAACGAGGAUGUCAUCUCCGCUGGCCAGUCCUGCUUUGGCUGGAGGGAAGCGGCUAAGCUGCCCACCGUGUGGAUGGGGAGAUCUUUGACGUACGACGUGCCCCCCUCGACCGGCAAAGUGGAGAAGGACAAACACGAAGGGGCGAAGGUGUUCGCACGGACUAUGAGGUUCGCCCCGAACCUCCUUUUCGUCAGUUGUCCGAAGAGCAUGAAGCCUGCCGCCAGGGCGGCGAUGACCACCCAGCCCAUCUGCAAGGUGAAAUCGGCAGUGCUGAACGGAAGCCUCAAGUGGACGGUGAAGUACCUGCAGCGUCAGCGCGAGUCCCUGGAGGGCCUGACACUCAUCAGUCCCACGUUGGAGGUCUUGCGGGCGGUCAUGACCCUGCCCAAGCUGACCAGUUUUGUGACUACUGACUUGAACUACCAGUGGUCCGAAUUGCCGUACAAUGGGCUGAACGAGGAGCCGGCCAUUUCAGGCUACUCCGCGACGACUGGGACUCUGCAAAGGCUCGUAUGCCACCCCGGGCUGGAACUCCAGGCCUGCACGGCCUUCGUGGAGGCCAACGCGGCCACCCUGGAGGAGGUUGCCGUCUGCUGCUUCCCUGCCCAAGCCCUGGAGCGCUGUACGCUGCUCCGCCGCCUCCUGGUCACCAUCGACCCGGCCGCUGCAGCCCAGGCCCAGUUGCGGCAACUGCUAAAGGCGAGAGCCCCGCUGGACUUCGUGGGAUUCAUAUGCACUGACCACCACUCCAAAGCGCCGUGUGUCGCUCUGCGAGAGUCCCUGCAGGACUGCGUGCGGGACGGCGGGGCCAUCUUGUGUGACAGGUGCAACAUGGCUUGCCCCUUGAACAGACGCCCCCGAGCCGCACCGAUGAGCCUACGACCGGAAUCUGUUUUCGACGAAAUUCUCGCCAGCGAGUUCAACCUCGGCGACCCCUGCCACUGCUUCGUGUGCUCUAGCUCUGAUGAUGAAACUUCGAUCGAAGAGGGCUCGUUUGGAGAGGAAGCUUCCGAUGAAGAGUUUCUUGACUCGUUUGAAGAGGAAGUUUCCGAUGAAGAGUUUCUUGACUCGUAUGAAGAUUCGUUCGAAGAAGGAUCGGAUGAAGAUUUCGACGGCCCGGCCGGCUGCUUAGUGCAGUAAUUUAGUUUUUGUUGACUCCAGUUUUGUUUUAUGAUAAGCACUGAGAUGUUCUAAUCUCAAACUACCUCCAUCUCUUGUUUAGUAAGAGUUAAAGAGGAAAGUUAAAAUCUUUACUUUUUUGUUUUUUAAAUGUGCCAGGGGCUCUGUAGUACUGAGUUGUAUACUCUGAGUUGUCAGUGUGCAAUUACACUUUAUACGUUGGAUCUUCCAUUAAAUCAUUAUUCUAGACUUA